AGAGAGUAAUGGGUUUGGAAGCAGAGUCAGAGGCAGAGGCAGAACAGAGCAACAUACCCAUGCUACCCUUAUUCUCCAUCCAGGCAAUGCAAUCUCCACAGAGGUCAGGGACACUCACUCCACCUCUUCACACCUCUGCUUCUGUCCCUUUUCGUUGGGAACAAGAGCCUGGAAAGCCAAGACCUUGCAGUGCCCUUGUCACCUUCUCCAACACCAAGUGCUUGGAACUCCCUCCAAGGUUGCUCAUACCAUCUCCCACCACUGUCUUGCAGGGCCCUUAUGUGACAAGUAACCGGUUUCGCUCUCCGUCUUUCAGAACCACCGGCAACUGCUAUGGUUCUUCUGAUGGAGGGGUGCUUGGAGCCAUGGUUCUCACCAAAAGAAUCAAGCACAAUGGGUGGUGGUUUGGUUCUUGGAGGAAAAAGGCCUUCAAGCUCAAAAGAGAGGUCACUGGGGGUAGUCAUGUGUUUCCCUCUAGUACUGACAAGGAUACUACCACUGCAGACACUCACAUGCCAAAGAUGAAACGUUCUGGGAGCUUUUCCAACCUAUCGCGUAGCAGGUUUCGUGUCUGGGUAAGGUUUAACUCUUCGUACAUGCAACUUUUCCAGCUCUGA